AUGCCUAAAUCUAAAAAACUCCACCGAAAAAUCGAAAAUAAAUUAGAAAAAUUAAACUCCGAUGCUCUUUAUAAUUUGGUAGAAAACUGUAAGGAAAUCCUAACUCUUUUAGAAGACCAACUAAUUAAAGGCAAAUUGGAUGAAUUGGGUCAGCCUUUUUAUGAAGAGGGUUUAUGCUCUUUAAUGGAUAAUUAUUGA